UCACUAUUGACUUUUAAACUUUAUUUGCAUACCGUUGUGUUUGCCACUACACAAUAUUAGUUUGAAAUAAUCCGCCGUGGUGCAUGGCAUGUUCAGUGUUCGUUAUACAAAAUGGUCUUAAACAAAUACAAAGUAAAUCCAGACCUUGCAAUCGAAAGACAGAAAUGCACGUUUGACAUCGAAGAGAUCAUUAAUAUAUUUGAUGGAGGCAAAAAAAAAACGUCACAGAGAAGAAAAAUUGAGGACAUUGUACUCAAAAGUGGACUCUGCUAUGACGAUGUUCCUGAGGAAUGCAUGAGUCUGAAAGAGAGAUACGAAAAUGCUGUGAGAAAAUCAUGUUUAUUUUCGAAACUAAUGAAAACUGAGUUACAAGAAAUAACAGGAAUUGAAGAUUUCGAGACUCCAGCAAUUCGUCGAAUAGCAGAUGCACUUUUCAAGGACAUAUCGCCAUUUUUAUUGCAUUUGGGCAUGUUUGUGCCCACUAUUAUUGGGCAAUGUACUUCUGAACAAUUGAUGAUUUGGCUACCUAAAGCUCUGGAUCUACAAAUAAUCGGUGGUUACGCUCAGACGGAGCUUGGUCACGGCACGUUUAUUCGUGGAUUAGAAACAACAGCCACUUAUGACGCUAGCACUGAGGAGUUUGUGCUUCACACUCCAACACUUACAGCUCACAAGUGGUGGGCUGGCGGACUCGGGAAAACCAUUAACCACUGCAUAGUCGUAGCCCAACUGUACACAAAGGGUGUGUGUUAUGGUACCCACUUGUUUAUGGUACAGAUCAGAGAUUUGGAUACCCAUAUGCCGCUACCUGGGAUUAAAGUUGGGGAAAUUGGACCUCGGAUGGGUUUCUCAUCAGCUGACAACGGAUUCUUGGGCUUUAAUAAUUUUAGGAUACCAAGAAAUAACAUGUUAAUGAAGCACGCUCAAGUACAAAAGGAUGGCACAUACGUGAAACCAGCACGUCAUGGUAAAUUAACAUAUCAAACAAUGGUUUUUGUUAGAGUAAAUCUUGUCAACGAAGCUGCUUUCAAUCUGUCUAAGGCUGUUACUAUAGCAGUACGUUAUUCUGCUGUUAGACGACAAUCUGAAUUGAGACCAAAUGAACCAGAGCCGCAAAUUCUGGAUUAUCCUACACAACAGCACAAGCUAUUCAUCGGUAUCGCAACAGCACACGCUUUCCAACUUGCUGCGAACUGGUUGUGGAACACUUUCAAGUCUGUACUUUCUGAUAUGAAGAAAGGUGACGUGGGUACUCUACCAGAGCUCCACGCUUUAUCAAGUUGUUUGAAAGCAGUGAGUACAUCAGACGCAGCAUUACUUAUAGAGCAAUGUAGAUAUGCUUGCGGUGGUCAUGGUUACAUGCUCUCCUCUAAUUUGCCGUACAUAUACUCUUUUGUAGCCGCCACUAGGACUUAUGAAGGAGACUAUACUAUAUUGUUAUUGCAGACCGCGAGGUUUUUGGUUAAAGCCUGGGAGCAAGCCGAGGCAGGAAAAACAGUAACCCCUACUGUUUCUUAUAUAAGUCGAAGUAUAAAAGGUGAAAAAUUUUCUUGGCAGAGCACUGAUGAGGGCAUUAUCAAAUCAUUUCAAGCAGUUUCGGCAGGAAAAAUAGCAUUGUGUGUUAAAAGUAUCAGGGACAGAAUGAAAAGUGGUCUUGAUUAUGAAGAUGCCUGGCUUUUGACAACUGUCCAACUUGUGGAUGCAGCUGAGGCACAUUGUCGUUCCGUAAUAUUGGAGACCUACUGGAAUGAAGUAAGAAGAUUAACGAAGUCUUCAAGUGAUAGCGUAAAGAUCGUAAUGCAUCAACUAGUUACAUUGUACUUAACUUACUGGACUUUGCAGAGAACUGGGGAUUUGUUACGGUAUUCUUCGAUAUCAGAAAAGGACAUAGAUUUUAUGCAACGCCAAUAUGAGGAGUUAUUGCAGCAGAUCAGACCGAAUGCAGUUGCUCUUGUUGAUGCCUUUGAUUUAAGGGAUGAGAUUUUGCAUUCGUCUCUUGGCGCCUACGAUGGCAGGGUGUACGAACGACUUAUGGAACAGGCUGAGAAUAAUCCCAUGAACGUAGAACCCGUCAAUCAGAGCUUCUAUAAAUACAUAAAACCGUUGCUUCAAGGCAAACUAUGAAAAAUAUCACAGAAGAUAACAUAAUCUGUUAGUUGUUAAUUUAUAUAUCACUGGUAGGCAGUAAUUUUUAUUUGUAAACAGAAUAAGUAAAAAUUUCCUUAACAUUGGUUUAUCAUGUAUUAAAAAAGUAACGUUUUGGCUAAAUUUUGUUGUUACGUGUAGCAAAAGUGAAAUAGAAUAGAAUAAAGAGAUAAAAUAUUUUAAAGUAUUUCGAUUCAUUGAGCUGACUGUGUCAGUAUUUCAUGAUAAAGUAUAUCUAGCUAGUAUUGUUAAUGUUAAGCUUCCAAUGCUUUAUUGAUGGAAUUCCUCUCUAAUCACAAACAUGUAAAAAUGGCAUAUUCUCAAACAUAUAAAUAAUAAUCAAAAUAAAACAAAAAGUAAAAAAAAAAUCUGUCCUGGAUUAUGGGUUAUAAAUAUAAUUUAGGUGUGGGUUCAUAUAGGAAUUUCAUCAGCAGUAUCCUGCGGGACAUACCAAAUAAAAGUUUAAUUUUUGAAAAGAUCAUAAAACUUCAAUAAAAAUCAGCCUAUAUAUGCUUUCUCACGUGACAUUUGGUUUCAAUGAAGGCAAAACAUUUAGGACCACAUGUAAACAAUUUUGGCAAAUUUUACUUUGGUACUUAUUACCGAGUAAAGUUUUGCUUAUUACUUUUUAUCCAAUAAGUUUUGUGAGAAAAACAUCUUCUAGAUUUACAAUUAUCAUUAGUUACUUCAGCUAGCGAUUGUUUAUUCGUUAAAAUAUCGGAUUUGUUAAGUAAUAUACUGGCUUAUAGGUGAUAUUCGAUGAGAACAUUGCGAUUGUUUUUUGGUAAGAGCGCAUAUACAGGUAACAGAUAACCUGCUAAAUGAUACUUCAUUUAAUGAUUGAAGCAAUAUUAUGGAAUUCGUUCAUUUAGCGUUUCAUAUUCCACAGAAGAGACUAAGAGUCCAGCGGUUUUAUGUUAAUGCAAUUAUUGGUAAUUAUUGGAAGAAAUAAAUAAAGAUAUAAAUAUUGAUAUUAUAAUGCUUUGUAAAUAAAAUAGUAGAAUAUUUCCGUAAGUGUUGCCAGUAUCGCUGGACGAAUAACAUUAAGACAUUAGCUAGUACCCGAAAGUACAGGGUGUUCAAGGCGAAUUCAAUUAACGCUCUUAUUGUUAUUAAUUUACGAUCGCAAAUAUAAUAACCUUUUGUUCGUGUUGUCUGUAGUUGUUGACGCUCUUAUAACAGGUCAGUGAACCAUUAGUCAGAGAAGUAUUAGUAGCUAUUAUCAAUACUGUGAUGUUAAGUGUGUUAGAGGACAGUGUUUUAUUGAUUUCAUUAUAUAUUUUUGUUCCAACAUAUGUUAAAUAAUAGAAUUAUGCGUUUGCCUGCUUCUUUUAUUUUAGGCAACAACUUAUUUAACACGUUUGAGACACGUAUCAUCAUAUUUAUGAGAUUACAUUCUAUAUCUCAAGGGCUCCUCUAUCAUAUUCUAACUUGGUGACCAUAGACUAUAGAGCUACCCCAGGACAAUAGCAAUUC